UUUCGAGUCAGAAAUGUUGAAACUUUAUUGUGUAAACCACUCCUAUGUUCUGCUCUACUUCUGUGUAUAGCUUCAUUGUUCCAGAAAAUGUUAGCUGACUUGAAUCAGAGCCUGGUCCAGAAGAAGUUGCUCAACUCAUUUAUUUGAACACCUGCUCGUGGGAGCAGGAGUUAUGUCAAGCAGCUCCAUCUGUAAAAAGAUCUUUAACACCAUGUGCAUAUGGACUGGUUACCAAGCUCUGUCUCUGUAGUUUGUUGGAGAAGUGUUUCCCUCACAAGCAUUACCAGCUAAUCCUCUUCUUAUAGCUCCUCAGCAUCAUAUGAACACAGUAGCUCUUGAGCUAAAUAGCUGUUUAGAAAGUAGAAAAUGAAAGGCAAAGAGCACUGGGUCAGUAGGUUGGACUGAGGAAAGUUAUCUGGCUUCAACACAGCCUUAGUGUUGAAACUGCUACACCGCUGGAGACUGUCCUCUGUUUCCUGGAGACUGCCAGGUGGGAGGUAAACACACUGCUAUCAGAAACAAGGAAGCACAAACACAGAGUUCAUCUGAAGAAUUUACAAUUUACCUGUUUGAGGAGGUUUGAGAGUCUAAACGCAUGAAUAGAUGCAGAGCAUUGUCCAUUGUCAUCCUACAGAGGAGUGACAGUGUCUUAGCCAGGCCCACAGGGAGAGGACCAUGGCCCUGAGCGAUGCAAGUAGUGACCCUCUGGUCCUCAGCAAUGGAGGCCACCGUCCUCCCAGUGCCAACGGAAAUACCCCUUCAAACACCAGCACACCAGUCAGCAACGGUCAGGACCCCCUCACGUCUGCCUCUAAUGGUGACUGUCCUGUAGCAGAAGGGGACGAAGAUGUCAUAGUGAAGGACGCAGCGUGUAUAGCUCAGCAGAAGCACAUUGUCCAGCGUACGAGCAUACUGAGCCAAAAUGGCGGCGUAGUCAAACAAAACGGCUCCCUGAGGAACCUUCCCCCGCUUUCUGCCGCCUCUUCCUCCCCAGCCAUCACAGACUCCCAGAGGCUGGCCAAACGCCACCUUCCCUCUACCCUCUCCCCAUCCUCUUCAUCCCCUCCUCUGCAGCCCCCGCCACUCUGCUGCCAGCACUGUCACUUCCACUCCACCCUGUGCUGUCCCUGUGGACAGCAGGAGUGCCCGCUCUUCCAGAACCCGGCCACAGGCCCAGGGCCCGUCUCCGUCCCACACCCUGCGACUGCUUCAUCCUGUCCGUGCUGCCUUUCUGCUUGCACAUACUCUCACCCCCAUCCUCCUCACUCAUCUUCCCCACUCUGUCUCCAUCACCACCAUCACCAGCGCUGGCAGGAGCACCUCCAGAACCAGACACCUGGAAUCAGUCCUGCAAGACCCUUUCGAUUCCCCAAAAGCUAUGCUGAGCUGAUAGCUGAUUGGCCGGUGGUGGUGCUGGGUGUGUGCACAGUGCUCAUUGUUGUGUGUGCUCUAGUGGGCAUUCUGGUGCCUGACUUGCCUGAUUUCUCAGACCCGCUGCUGGGUUUUGAGCCACGGGGCACAGCCAUUGGCCAGCGACUGGUCACAUGGAACAACAUGGUGAAGAACACAGGCUACAAAGCAACACUGGCCAACUACCCAUUCAAAUACGCUGAUGAGCAGGCCAAAAAUCACCAAGAGCCCAGGUGGCCUGAGGACCAUUUUGAUAGAGACAAACGGCAAGCAGAGUGGGACUUCAGUAAAGAGUUUUUCUGUGAUGUUCCAGGCGACAGUUACUCUAGACUGGUGUUCACAUCAGCUGAGGGGAAGAACCUUUGGAGUAUUCAGGCCAUCAAAUCAAUGUGCAACCUGGACAACACAAGGGUGCGUUCCCAUCGUGACUACUGGAGCCUUUGUCAGCGCACUAACGAUGCCUCAUGUUGUCCCAGCUGGACACUUGGUAACUACAUUGCCGUACUCACCAACAGGUCAUCCUGCCAGAAGAUCACAGAGCGUGAUGUAUCACACACGCUCAAGAUUCUGCGCUCAUGUGCCAAGUAUUACCACAAUGGCACUCUGGGACCUGACUGCUGGGACAUGGCACUGCGACGGAAAGAUCAGCUGAAGUGUGCCAGUGUGCCCCGGAAGUGCACCAAGUACAACGCUGUGUACCAGAUCCUUCACUUCCUGGUGGACAAAGAUUUCCUCAGUCCCAAAAGCCUGGAAUAUCCUCCACCUGUACUCAAAUACAGCAUGCUCUUUUCCCCCACGGAGAAAGGAGAGUCGAUGAUGAACAUUUACUUGGACAAUUUUGAGAACUGGAACUCAUCAGACGGUAUCACCACAGUCGCAGGGAUUGAGUUUGGCAUCAAACAUGACCUCUUUCAGGACUACCUCCUCACAGACACAGUGUAUCCUGCCAUAGCUAUAGUGAUUGUCUUGCUGGUCAUGUGUGUCUAUACACGCUCAGUUUUCAUUACUCUAAUGACAAUAAUAGCCAUCAUCAGCUCACUGAUUGUGUCCUACUUUCUUUAUCGAAUGGUCUUCAACUUUGAGUUCUUCCCCUUCAUGAACCUCACGGCCCUCAUCAUCUUGGUGGGCAUCGGUGCAGAUGACGCUUUUGUCCUUUGCGAUGUGUGGAACUACACCAAGUUUGAUAAACCUCAUGCUGAGCUGGCAGAGACCGUCAGUGUGACCCUGCAACAUGCUGCCCUAUCUAUGUUUGUCACCAGCUUCACCACUGCUGCAGCUUUUUAUGCCAAUUACGUCAGCAACAUUACCGCCAUACGCUGUUUUGGUGUCUAUGCGGGUACUGCCAUAUUGGUGAACUAUAUUCUCAUGGUGACGUGGCUCCCAGCUGUGGUGGUGCUACACGAACGCUACCUACCUAAUGUGUUCCCUUGCUCCAAGCCACCACACCAGGAAAGGGGCUACUGCACCCGCAUCUUCUGGGCUGGUCUUUGUCAGAAGGCCAACAAAUGCCUCUUUACGGUUUCUGAGGCAUCAAGGAUCUUCUUUGAGAAGGUGCUGCCUUGCAUCGUCAUCAAAUUGCGCUACCUCUGGCUCUUCUGGUUCCUUGCCAUUACGGUGGGGGGUGCCUAUGUGGUUUGUGUCAACCCAAAGAUGAAGCUCCCGUCUCUGGAGCUGGCAGAGUUUCAGGUGUUCCGUUCCUCACACCCGUUUGAGCGCUACGAUGCUGAGUACAAGAAACUUUUCAUGUUUGAGAGGGUGCACCAUGGUGAGGAGCUCCACAUGCCCAUCACCAUUAUCUGGGGUGUGACACCUGUGGAUAAUGGGGACCCCCUGAACCCCAAAAACAAGGGAAAACUGAUGCUGGAUAGCAGUUUCAACAUUGCCAGUCCAGCAUCUCAGCUGUGGAUCCUCAACUUCUGCCAGAAGCUCAGAAAUCAGAGCUUUGUCUUUCAGUCAGAAGAGCAGGACUUCACCAGCUGCUUCAUCGAGACAUUCAAACAGUGGAUGGAGAACCAGGACUGUGAGGAGGCUUCUGUCUACCCCUGCUGCAGUCAGUCCACCUUCCCCUACAAGCAGGACGUGUUUGAGUUGUGCAUCAAGAGAGCCAUCAUGGAGUUGGAUCGGAGUACUAACUACCAUCUAGAUAGCAAGACUCCUGGACCUCGAUUUGACAUCAAUGACACCAUCAGAGCUAUAGUGUUAGAGUUCCAGAGUACCUACCUCUUCACACUGGCCUAUGAGAAGAUGUACCAGUUCUACCGUGAGGUGGAUGCCUGGAUCACUGAGGAGUUGCGGUACGCCCCAGCAGGCCUCAGUCAUGGCUGGUUCAUCAGCAACCUGGAGUUCUAUGACCUGCAGGACAGCCUGUCAGGCGGCACUCUGGUUGCCAUGGCGCUGUCAGUGGCUGUUGCUUUCAGUGUCAUGCUCCUGACUACUUGGAACAUCAUCAUCAGUCUGUAUGCCAUCUUGUCGAUCGCCGGGACCAUAUUUGUCACAGUUGGCUCCUUGGUGCUUCUGGGCUGGGAACUAAAUGUUUUAGAAUCCGUUACCAUCUCUGUUGCAGUGGGGCUGUCUGUUGACUUCGCUGUUCACUAUGGGGUGGCCUACCGGCUCGCCCCAGAGCCUGACCGUGAAGGAAAGGUGAUUUUCUCUCUCAGCCGUAUGGGCUCUGCUAUUGCUAUGGCAGCACUGACUACCUUUGUUGCAGGGGCCAUGAUGAUGCCCUCGACCGUAUUAGCCUACACCCAGCUGGGCACAUUCAUGAUGCUGAUCAUGUGCAUCAGUUGGGCCUUUGCUACCUUUUUCUUUCAGUGUAUGUGUCGCUGCCUGGGACCCCAGGGGACCUGUGGACAGAUCCCUCUGCCCAAAAAGCUGCAGUGUCAGGUGUUCUCUGAGGUCACAUCACCGGGCCCCUCAUCUCAGGGGAAAAGCUCUGGCCUAGGGAAGUACCAGCUGGACAGCAGGGGUGGGGAGGUAGAGCAUUAUGAAUUAGAGCCAUUGGCAUCCAGUCAGAAAACUGAGGAUAAACCCAGAGAGGAGCAGGAGGUGUGUGCCCAGCUUUUUAAUGGAAUUCCUCCUCAGCACCACACCGCCCCUUAUUCACACAUCCAUUAUAAGAGUAAACCUGAGACUGGUAGAAUCGGCCCUGAGAACGGGCUUGUAGCUGCACUGAGCACACCAUCCAGGUGCCAGUACACUCAGAACACUAACUGCACGUGUGGGGACCCUCCUUCUCACCUGUCUCAGCAGUGGACCCCUCACUUGUGUGCUCAGCCUCCCCAGGACUCUUCGUCCUGCCCUCCCACCCCUCAGCUCUUCCCCUUCUCAGGAAACACCCUGAGCAAGCAAAAUGCAGCCUUGUUAGCUACAAACUUGGACCCAGUCUACACACACAGGGAGUGUCGAAUGCAUUAUGUCCACUGUCCCCCUGCCCAUUUCCACCACUGCUCCCAGGGAAGAGCAGUGGCCCCCAGGCAAGGAGCUGCCUACAGCUGCCAUCUCAGGAAGUACUGUGUCCACACUGCAAGCCUGCUGGCUGGUUCAGCCAGAGAGCAGAGACCCACGACCACAGCUUCAAACCAGGACACAGUCACUGGCUCACAGCCUUUGGCGCAAGAGGAUGAUUGCAGACAUGAAAUGAGGCCCACAAGCCCAAAUAUCAGUACUGAAGCCCCAACACAACCCCAUGCUCAGUGCCCUUCCCCCUCACUGGACUCACCACACACAACCAGUCAUGAAAGACAGAAGGCAAAGGACAGUGACCAUUGUUGUGGUGAUAACCAUGUGUCCAUUAUAACCACAGAUACAACAAUGCAAAUGGAUUCUUGUUGUAAAAUCCCUGGCAACCAGGAGAAGCUCGAAAGUGUUCCCGUCACACGGGAGGAUAGUGUCAAAAAGUGCAAACGGAACUCCAAAAGACAGCGGGCGUCGUCCGCCUCUCCAAAGAAACUCUACUGUUUUAACAGGACGUUGAAAGUGAAGUGCAAUUCAGCUUCAGAGUUUAGCGUGCCAAAAACUGAAACCAGUGUGCCUCCUAUUGCAAUAAACACCCAUAACUCUUCUGAAAGCUUAUGCUGAUGAUAAAUUGAUAUUUUAAUAGGAACUCAAUUCAUAACAAAUGGCAAAUGUCCAUAAAAAGGAAUGACACCUAUGAUGUACUGUAUCUGUGCAAUCAAACAAGGUUUGUGAUGUGUUUGUUGACCAAGUGCCUCAACGUGUUUCAUACAGCAGCCCGGAAAUAUAUUCGGUUUACACGUUUCUUGUACUCACCAGAUCUUAAUGGGCCAGAUUGUGUUUGAUUUUACACUGAAACACACACUAUUAUUAAAGCUACACCGUUAUGGAAAAUUAAUGGUCUUUUCAGAAAGACACCUCCAAGAAAUUUUGCUAAUUGAAGUGUUAUACAGCAGACAUUUGCACCGACAUAAAAUCGUACAGUAUCUGUAUUGUGACAUUGUGUGUAAUUAUCAAUAUGUUGUCAGAUAUGAUCACAUCAACUGUAACAAAGAUGUGCCACAUUUUCCAAGAUGAUUAAAAGUUGUUGCCUGACA